CAAAGAUUGUGUAGUUCAUUAGACUAGUGUCAUUGCGGUACAGAACGAAGUUGUUACUCAAAGACGUGAGGUCUAAGUCAAGGAUUACAUAAUAAUGUCUCUUCCAUAUACACAUCUUCCAUUUUAUGCAGAAGGUACAGUUGUUUCUGGUUUUGGACGAGGUAGCAAAGAACUCGGAAUUCCAACAGGUAUUUUGUAGUAUUGCGUUUGAUGUCGUUGAAUAAGAAAGUUAUAAAAAAAAUGUGUAUGGAAUUUUUUUUAAACUCUUAAACUUAAAGUUAAACUUAAAUUGUUGAAAUAUUCUAUAACUUAAUGUAAAUUAAAUAUUAUUUAUUAUUAGUAGCCAACUUAACUAACCACUAAAUAGUCUAAAUACUAUAUUAAGGCUAACAACAGUAACACUAACAGUCACACAGUACUCAAAUUAUGACAGUCUUUAAAAUAAAAUUAUUAAAUUAACUACCAACUACUCAUUAGUUUGUAAUUAAUAAUGCCAUGUCCUGUAAUGUAGGCCUACAUUUACAUGUAUUACAAGUAGACGUCACUCCUACUCUAACCUACUCUAACUCUAGUUUUAGUACUCUAAGUCUAUUCUUAAACUUGUCUUAAUAUUUACAGUAUUUAGGCUUAGGCUUAGGCCUUUAUGAACCACCAAGACUAAGACUAAAUCUAAACCUAUAUUAAUAAUUACUAUCACUAAUCUCUAAGACAAAUAAGAUGAUCUGAUUAUCAGAUUCAAGUAUAAAUAUACAGAAUCUGAAUUUUCACUUCUUUUUAUAAUGAUUAGUGACUGGAGUUUUAUUUUGCAAACCGUACAGUUAAUAAUUUAAAAAAUUGUCUUUAUAUAUAUAUAUAUAUAUAUAUAUAUAUAUAUUCAUUUUAUUCUUGUCAGGACUCAUUCCAUGAGUGUAGAUUGUUUAUUGAUUAAUUAAUCUGUUCUAAAUAUAAAUUUAAAAAAUUGUCUUUAUAUAUAUAUAUAUAUAUAUAUAUAUAUAUAUAUUCAUUUUAUUCUUGUCAGGACUCAUUCCAUGAGUGUAGAUUGUUUAUUGAUUAAUUAAUCUGUUCUAAAUAUUUUCAUGGGGCAGAAAAAAAUUAUUUUCCAAUUAUCAUAGAAAACUGUCAUGAGCUUUUUAAGGUACGCAAACUAGGGUGGUGAAACAUUUUUAUAAAUUAAAUUUGACCUUGAUUUAUAUUUUCCAAAAUUGUCACUGUGUAGUUAACAUACAUUUGAUAUUUCUGGUUUGAAAGUAAUUAGGCGAUUUUAAGGAUUCCCUGAAUUCAAUAAUUUUGCUUUUUUUUCGUACAAUAGCAAAUUUUCCUGAGGAUGUGGUUAAAAAAUUGCCUGAGAAUUUCAAGUGUGGCGUCUACUAUGGCCUGGCAAAAAUUAGCAGCAAUGAGAAUGUAUUUAAAAUGACAAUGAGUGUUGGAUGGAACCCUUAUUAUCAUAACACUGUGAAAACUAUGGUAAUAUAUAUACAUAUAUUUGCUUAGAAUUGUCAAUUUCUGCUUUUUGAAAAAGUAUGAACUUAGGAUUAUUUCCCAGAGAUGGGAGAAGAACCUGAGCAUCCAUAAUGUAGUUAAGUUUGAGACCACUUUAAAAAUGUCCCCUGCUUCUAAAGCCUGGAAAAAAUGCUUUGAUCAACUGUGACUGUUUAUUACACCUAUGUUAAGAUAGUUUGUUUCAGAAUCUCUCUGCUUUCAACAAUUUUUCAAAAAUUUCACAAGGUUCUCCUUCUCUAAGAGAGCAGAAGUUCAGUGAACGGCUUAGCCUCUUAGGACAUUUUAAUAUUUUAAAGUUAGAACUUUAUGAAGUAUAACUUGAAGGUGAAGUAAGAAUAAACACAGCAACCUACUCUGGUGUAAAAAUAAAUGCAGCUUCCUGAAAUACAUCAAACAUUUUUUUUAAAAUGUAUGUGUAAAUUGUGCAACAGCUGGUAUGUUAAGUUAGGUAGAGUAUGAUUCUGAUGAUUUUAAGUCAUUGCUUUUUCUGGCCAUAUUGUCUUUUCCAAAAUUUGAUAUAAAAAUAAAAAAGAUGGUGCCCAAAAAAAACCAUAACAACUUUGCAUUUUUUAUUUACUUGCUGAGCAAAUAUACUUGGGAAAAAAAUCCAUUUUUGAAGGUAAAAUAUUUUGUUAAAUUUCUUUUUUCCAGGAAACUCAUAUCAUGCAUGAAUUUGAAUCAGAUUUCUAUGGUGACCACUUGAAAAUUAUAGUUCUUGGAUACAUCAGGGACAUGCUGAACUUUAAAUCAUUGGGUAUGACAUUUAACCUAUUUUGUUCUAUUAAAAAAAUGUUUAUUGUAUUUUUAAGAAUCUGACAUCAACUGACAUCACACUUUAUGUCUAGACUGAAAUUAUAUAAUUCCCAUGAAGUAAUAACAAAAAAUCAAACAAUUCAAAACAAAAAAAAGAUUUCUAAAUAAAAUGCAAUCGUAAUUUAUCGCUGUAACUCUCUAAAACUCAUACUUCAGGUUUUCCAAAUUUUAAAGGGCGACACUUAAAACCUAAUCACUUUUGACAUGCACUUAUUUGAAAAUUGAUGAAUCAGGUGAUAGAAAAUGUUCUUUCCACCAUCGCAAUUUUAAAAAUAUUAUUUUCGGGACACUGGGAAGCCCUAAAUAUUAAUAGAUUUACAAAAACAACAACAAACGCAACUUUUCAAAUAAAUCAGACUAGCAUAUUUAGAGAGUUUUUGCGCUUAUGAAUAGUUCAUUGCUAUUCAGUUAUUUAGCUAUAGCUUUAUUUUAUUUAAAUUCUUGAAAAUUAUAUUUUAACAUUCUCAAUUUAAUAAUCUGGUUACCAUUUUAUGCAAUAAAACACAGGUACUUGUUAUAUAUGAAAUGUUCAUAUUUUUUCUGUGUACCAAUUUUAGCUUUAUCAUGAAGCUAAAUUUUUUUUCUUUAUUAUUGUUUGAACACCCGAAUCCCAAAAAGUGUUUUGAAAUCGUACAUUUUUUUUUUUUGGUCUGAAAUAAAGUACCUGGAGGACAUCAAAAGAUCUAGACAUAGAAUUUAAAUAUUUUUGGAUCACAAUUUUCCACUGUCAUCCUAGUCAUAUUAUUUUAUUUAAAAAGUAAACAUUCUUGGCCGAAUCACAUAACUGCUAAAUUUAUUAACCUUGAUUUUGAUUUUAAAAUAUUUUCUUUUUCUAUUAAAGUAGUGUUAUUAGAAAGGGAUUUAUUGGCAAACUUAAGAAGACAUUUUUAGCUCAUUGUCAUAUCUCUAAGAUAAAUAUUAAGGCCAGUUUUCUUUGAUUUAACUAUUUAUUGGGUGGAAAAGGGGUGUGUAUGACAGGAGUCCAUUUGAUUAGGCCAUAACCGCACCCCCCCCCACACCUUUGUGAUACAUUGUAGAUCAAACCAUCCAAAUGGACAUAGUUAUUUACAGCUUGUGGCUGCCAUUUUACCUUUGUAAAUCAUUAAAUAACUAUAGCAAAAUCUAUAAAACCUCAAACAUCAUUACUCUACGUGGAUUUAUUCGUGAAACAAAUCUUUGGAAUUCAUUGAAAUAUAUUCUUAUUAAUCCCAAGUCAGGGCUUUGUAAUGUACUCUCAUGAACUUUUCCCUCUGGUCAAAUUUUGUCACCAUGUAUUAUAGAAUGGAAUGGGUUGAUGCUAAUUAUAGCCCAGAUUAAAAAAUAAAUACAAAUAAAUUAACACCAGGACAGAGCCACACCUGAUAUGAUAAUGUACAAAUAGAUCUCUAUCAAGUCAGCAUUAUUGAUCCAGUUGUCCCACCUCUCUUGAACACAUUGCACUAACAUCUGUGACACUUAUGUUUAUGUAUGUGUUCUUUUUCCGUUUCUGCUGAUGUAAGGGACAUUAAAUAAAAUAGAACCUGUAAUAACUAUGAGGGACAACUGGGGAAAAUUGUUUCCCUGGACACAGCUGUACUGUUUUUUUAAUGCGCUGUUGUUUAAAUUGGAAGUUAAUCUCCAUUUUCCGAAUCAAAAUAUUGUGACACAUGUUGACAAAAUUUUGAUAUAUUAAUUUUUUUAGAUCUUUAGUGUUCUGCAAACCAGAACAUUUUAGCGAUUUAAUUUACUUCCCAAAACAACUGUGUACAAAUAUACAACCUCUGCCCAUAUGAAGUUAAUAGAGAGUUAGUAAAAAAUGGUUGUGGGGUAAUUAGUGUAAUAUUAAUACCACCAGUAUAAAUGGCUAAGAUCAAUAGCAAAGCUUGUGUCCCAUUAAGGAAGGAACUAUUUCACUUAAUCAAGCAUUGUUAAAAUUUAGUCUUAUGUCUGCUUUAAGUUUUUUAUUGUUUUAUUUUUAAAUAGUUUUUAAAUUGUUUUUGUAAUGUUGGCUUGAUUGUGGGGAAAAAACGUUCAAAAUUAAAUUAACAUAAUCCAUUGGCUCAUUUCACCACAACCCAUCCAAAAUUUUGUUAAAUAGCAAAUUUUAAAUAAUUCGAUGAGUUAGUCAAAAUUAAUAUAAAAAAAUAUUUUUUUAAAAAAUGUGUAGUCAUUGAGAUACUCAUAAUCAAAGGAAAUGAAUUAAUUGUUAUUUUAAACUUUUAAUUUAUGCCCCACCUACAUUAUGACAUUAUUUCACCAAGAAUCAUUACUUUGUGUAAGGUACCUGCCCUGAUUUUCAUGCAUGACAAUCACACUUAAUUAAUAAACAAACCUGCCUGUAUGCACAGCAAGACACAUAACUAACUCUGCAGGAAUUCUCAAAUUUUACGUAUACUUUAUGCAAAGAACUUAACCCGAGAAAAUACUCAAGAGAAUCAUACCCAAAGUUUUUUCAUUACUCAAAGUUUUCAAUACCAAUACAUUUUUUUGGGUACUAAUCAUGAUAAAUAGUGAGGAAUUUAUUGCCUACAGCCAGCAGGGCUGAACUUAAAGCUUUUAUAUGCAAGCAUUAUUUUUUUAACUUCUUUUUUCUUUCUUCAAAUAUGUUUAGUUAUGGGUAUAUCAAAAUAUAUUUUCGAUUUGCUGAAAGUCUCUUGCGACAGGUACCGCACCAAACUUCAGCUCUGUGGCAUUCCAUGAAUCAGAGAAGUCAAGCAGUAAAAUAUAGUUACCCACAAAAUAAACACGUUCAUAAAAUAUUGAUAAAAAUUUAAUUGAAACAUACUUUUAAAAAAUUUCAUUCGAAUUAUGUAUAUUAUAAUUUGGUUUCAUUUAUAUUCAAAAUUAAAAUAUCACUUUAGCUAAGCUUUACGUUCUCAUGCUACCCUAGCUACAUUCGAUUAUGAUUUUUAAAAUAUUUUUUUAUCUCAACAUUAAUGACAGUGAUUACAAUUUCAGAGGAUCUGAUUAAAGCUAUCCAGGCUGACAUAUCAGAGUCCAAUACAAAGUUGGAUGAGUCAGAACUUCUCAAGUAUAGGGAAGAUCCAUUUUUCUUCACAUCCCCGGUUGUCCUCCCUGAAGCAGACUGGGGUUCGUCCAGAAUGGUAUCAAAUUCCAACAAUGCGGUUGAUUCUUGUGAAGGACACUGCUGUCCAAUUGAUUCUAAUCAUGUGAUACCCACCUCAGAUGGUGAGCUGACGGGCCAUCAUCACCACAGCCACCAGGUCGAUCUGGCAAAGACUACCUCAAACGGACUGGUUAAUGGAACCCAUGAAAGCUGUGACGAUAAGGAGGUAUUUAUAUCAAACUUGAAGGUAAAAAAUUCUGCUUGCUGUGAACAGAAGUUGAACAGCGGAUCUGACCAGGAUCUUGUUGUGACCAACUGGAACAAUGUAGGACUCAGUAACUGUAGUUAUAAUAAUUCAACGCCGUGAAUUCAUCUUUAUAACUUAUUUAUUUUCAAUUUGACAUUGAGAUUAUAAUGUCAGUGGUUCUCAAAUAUUUAUAAUUAUUUUUGUUAAAUUAAAUUUUUGAGAAAGAAAAAUCUCAAUGCAUUAAUGUUCCAAAGAUUUUUGAAUUAAGGUUUGGAAAUUUUUUGCUUUGAAUAUUAUGAGUCAUGCGGAGUCAUUUUGAUUUUGAAAUCUAGUUAUAAAUCCAAUUAAUAGUUUUAUAUCCCUCAAAAAUAUAAGUAUCAUCAAAAAUAUUUUUAUUUAAAUGGCUCUUUGUGUAGUUUUUCUAAAGUUUUUUCUCUAAAUUUAUGAACAAGAUGUUUUUCUUUUGUCUACCCAGAACAAGGCGGCGUUUGAAUUUAGACAUUGUUGGAUAUUAUGAAAUAUUUUCAAGUUUGAAAAAGUGAUACACAUAUAUUAGGCAAAUGAGAUUUCUUAAUGUAACUUAUUUUUAAAAUAUGGACACAAUUGUGAUUUAUCAAGAUAGAGAAACACUGAAAAAAAACCCUGAUAAGUUAUGACACAUUAGUUACACUGGAAAAAAAAAAUCCACGGCCUUCUCACCAUCUGUUAAAGAAUUCAGUUUAAAGAUGAGGGUUGGGUCGAGGGAGUGGGGGGUGAUAUUUUCACAACAGAUAUUUUUUUUUUGGUGAAACAUCACAGCUUUGGAUUGAUAACUAUUUCAAUUUUAAAUGAAAUUUGAGUGAUAAAGAUGGCUUUACCUAAACAGAAACGCCCCUAGUCAUUAUGUAGACUUACUGUCAGUGACAUCCGUAAGGGAUUAGAGAAAUCUUUUUAAAUGAGCUUUUAACGAGUCUCGACUUGCUCACCGAUAUAUACCCAAUCAGUAAUAAGUAUCAAGUAUUAUCUUUUAAAGAGUUUUAUUUUUUUUUCUCCUGAAGGACACUAUUAUUUUUCAUAUUUGAAUCAAAAACAUCAAAUCAGUGUCUGAGAAUAACAAAUCAAAAUGGCUGCUUUUUAAUCUAAAAAUGAGGAAAAGAUAUAAAAAUGUGCUGUAUUAUUUAAAAACAAAUGUUUAAAUCCUACAAAUUUAUAGUAGUUUAUUAAACGGUUGUAAAUGAUCUCAAAUUUUGAAAAUAUUUUUUUUUUAAAAUGUCCUUGUCGAACGCUGAAGGUUAAAGUAAUCUUGCAUGUGAACGUAUGUUGACUCAUUUUAAAAUGAUUUCUUUGCUAAGUUUUUCUCAUAUUAGCCAUUCCGAGAUCUUGAUUAAAUGAAAAAAAAAAAAAUCUCAUUUUCUGUUAUAGUUAUUAAAUUUUGAGCUAUCUCAGAUCUAGUGUGUUACUUCAUUACUAAAACUUCAUGUCAGUAGCUUGGCAGCAGUCAUCUCAUGUUAUUAUUUUAAUAAUUGCAGAUCUUUCAUCAUAAUUUUGUGUUGAGAACUCUACCCAUGUCAGCAGAUGUAUUUUUUUUCAAAUGAAGAAAUUAUUUUGCUAGAGAAGAGUAUUAUUAUUAUAUAAAAUAUGUGAUGGAAAGUUAUGAAAAGGAUUUGAGCAUUUUGAAAGCAUUCAAAAUAAAUUUCCAUGUAAACAAUUUUUAUGAAAUAACUUACCAUUUGCUUACAGGAGAAUUCUACUUCCUUUUUGUUAGCAGUAUACACCUGUGAUGUUUAUAAAGAAGUAUGUUUAUUUUUUUUAAAGACGCUCUGUGAAUAUGGUGAUAAUAAUUGUUUAUGAAGUAAAUAUCUAAAAAAAAAAAAAAAUAAUCUUUCUUUAUUUUUGUCUUUACAUUUAGUGCUUGAACAAUGUACUGAUAGUACGAUGGCAUAGAAGUUUUUUUUUAACUUGCACAUGUUGUUAAGCAGAAAGUUGUUAGUUGAUCAAAGGGACCACCAGCUUUUAUAGAUGUAUAGGAUUGUUUAAUUGCUUGACAGAUUCUAGUCUUAAAUAGCCGGCAUCCAUAGCUUACUUGCUGUACGCAACAUAAAUAAAUAAUUGUUCAUAUUCACUCCUCCCUGUUGCAUUGCAUACAUAUUUGGA